UGUGACCUCAUGAACCAAGGCAUUCUGGCCCUUGUGAGCUCCAUUGGCUGCACAUCAGCAGGUUCCCUGCAGUCACUGGCAGAUGCCAUGCAUAUCCCUCAUCUCUUCAUCCAGCGCUCAACAGGAGGAACGCCAAGAAGCAGCUGUGGGCUCACCAGGAGCAACCGCAAUGAUGACUACACACUCUCUGUCCGCCCCCCUGUCUACUUAAAUGAUGUCAUCUUGAGAGUGAUCACAGAAUAUGCCUGGCAGAAGUUCAUCAUUUUUUAUGAUAAUGACUAUGAUAUCCGUGGAAUACAAGAGUUUUUGGACAAAGUAUCUCAGCAGGGAAUGGAUGUGGCAUUGCAGAAAGUAGAAAACAACAUCAAUAAAAUGAUCACAGGGCUCUUUGCCACCAUGCGAAUUGAAGAACUAAACCGCUACCGGGACACUCUGAGACGGGCUAUUCUUGUGAUGAACCCCUUGACAGCCAAAUCAUUCUUAACAGAGGUAUGUGCUUAGCAGAGGUAAUAUCUUGCUCAAUCUAUGAAGUCUACAAUUGUUUUUGACAAAAGAUUCAGUUUAUUUGUAAUCAUUUCAAAUAAGUAUUUAAGUAGUAGUUGGCAAAGAUUAUGCCAAUUAUCUUCAUCUCCGUAAAUGUGCAUGCAGAACAGUAAAACUACAUUUUGUGUCAACAUAAGCUCUUAGGGCAUACACAGAAAAAUUAGCCCUCCUCAAUAAAACUCAUGGGUAUUGUUUUUGUAUUUCCUUGUUUGUCAUAUCCAUUCCUUAAAGAAAAUAAUCAGUUAUAUGGCAUAAUGUUGGAAUAUGGCAGCAGUGGAAUUGGUGAAGGACUGGAUCUGAGUGAGGAGUGUAAGAUGAUAAGCUGAAGUUACACUUAUUUAAACAAAAAUUACAAGCAGAAUGCUAAGUUUUCAAGGCUCUAUAAGAUUUAGAGACAGAUGACUUG